CAAGUGCCUCGCCUCGCCAAAGCUCGACACAGGCGUAGCAUCUCCUCCUUUGCUCGUGCACAUGUGCUCUCGUUCAACGCGGCGUCACAAACACAGGAAGUGAUCUUCGCGAGAAUGCAGUUUUAAAGGUGUGUGUGCACGUGUGAGGAUGCGCGGCGGGCAGAUGGCGUUGUGAUCGGCGGACUUUAGGGUGUAGGAACGUCUCGUCUCCGCAGCUGCUGCUUUUCCUGUGACGGUAGGGGAAAAACAAACAAAAAAAAUCAAAGCAGGCGGGAUGUCCACCUCGCCUGGUGCACCCGAUGGCAGCCAGAGGAACUCUUUGGAGCUGGACGCCGCUCAGAAGGUGGACGGCGGCGAACCGGGAGGAGCUUUGCCAGCGGGCCAGGUGAAGCUGAAAGACAGGCAGAAGUUCUUUGAGGAGGCCUUCCAGCAGGACAUGGAGCAGUACUUGUCCACGGGAUACCUCCAGAUCGCAGAGAGGCGAGAGCCAAUAGGAAGCAUGUCGUCCAUGGAGGUCAACGUGGACAUGCUGGAGCAGAUGGACCUCAUGGACAUGUCAGACCACGAGGCCCUGGACGUCUUCCUGCACUCGGGGGGCGAGGACAACAGUGCCGCCUCGCCUGAGGCGGGUCCUGAGGUGGAGUGCAGCACAGAGAUCAGCUUGCAGGUUCCCACGCAGGCCGAGCUGCGCCACAAGCUGUGCUCCCUCUCCUCCACCAGCCAGGACACGGAGGCGGGCGAGGGUGACGGGGACGACGAAGAGGAGCCGGCCACGAGCGGCAGGAAGAGACCCCCUGUGGUGGUGACGCCUGACGACGACCAGGUGCACGCCGACGCCUCGCGGAAAGGCGGCGAGCGGAGCAGCAGGAAAGUUUGACUUUUUGUCUUUCUUCUUCUCCUCCUCCUCCUCCUUCUUCUCUAAUAACAAACUGCCUUAACGAGCCAUCUUGGAAUAAGAGCACACUAACGUUCCAACUGGAAGAAAUGUCCUCAGGUGAAAAGUAGUGGUGUUAAUUGCACACCUGCCCAUGUAAGCGAGAUUGGCCAGUGCAGCAACACAUCCGUCACUCACUUUUCAGGACCAAACUUUCAACACCCUUUCCUCUCUUUUUGUACACAAACGUGUGUGUGUGUGUGUGUGUGUGUGUGUGUGCGUGCGUGCGUGCGUGCGUGCGUGUGUGUGUGUGCGUGUAUGUUUUUUCCUCCUCCUGCGAUGUCACGUUGCAGCAGCUUUUCAAGCAUGUCGACUAAUCCCAUAAAUUGUGCCACACAAAAGAGCGCAUUGACUAUGUUGAAGUGUGUACUCUACACACUGCAUCUACAGUAUACAUACAUGACAUGCAGUAUACAUACAUGACAUGCAGUAUACAUACAUGACAUACAGUGUAUAUACAUGACAUGCAGUGUAUAUACAUGACAUACAGUAUAUAUACAUGACAUGCAGUAUACAUACAUGACAUGCAGUAUACAUACAUGACAUACAGUGUAUAUACAUGACAUGCAGUAUACAUACAUGACAUACAGUGUAUAUACAUGACAUACAGUAUAUAUACAUGUCAUACAGUACAUAUACAUGACAUGCAGUAUACAUACAUGACAUGCAGUAUACAUACAUGACAUGCAGUAUAUAUACAUGUCAUACAGUAUAUAUACAUGACAUGCAGUAUACAUACAUGACAUGAAGUAUAUAUAUACACACACACAAUAUAUGUGGAGAAUGUACGUUACUUUGGAUGGGAGAGUGAUACUGGUGAGUGUUAUUAAAUACAUUAUUGUGAUGCGUUCAAGGACACUCCGACUCUUAUCAUUGCAUAUCUUUAGUGGUCUUUUGUAUACUCAUGACGUGCUAGGAUGAACAUUAGCAUCUUUUGAAACAAAAGUCCCAUUUAGUCAACAUUAGGCAGUCAAACCAAAAGAUGUAUUUUCUUGCAGGGUCAAGUGACAUUAUUUCAAUUCAAUAAUAUUUUAAUGAUUACUCAGGUGUGUCAUUGAUUCAAUUUGUAAUACAUUUUUAACAUUAUUAUUUAUGGCACCAUUUUCAAAUAUUUUAUUAUUUCACAAUUUAACUGAUUUAACAUAUUUUUUAACUACUUUUUUCUCGAGCUUAGAAUCCAUGCGGCUUAUUAAAAAACAACAACUGUGCGGCUAAUUUAUAGAAUUUUCUUCACCAACAGCCAUGUUUUGUUUUCAACAAAUAGUUUUCAUAUUACAUACACUGACAAGACACUAAAAAGGUGUGUUAUUGUUUGUGCUAUGGCGCCAUCUUUUGGAUGAGUUCGCUCACUGACGGUGCUGCUGGUUGAAAAUGUACUUCCUGUUUCAUUCGUCAAUGUCCUUUCUGCUCGAAAGGAUUCUUAAUGAAUCACUCCAAGCAACAUUUAUAAGUUUUACAAUACAACUAAAACAAUUCAUACUUACUAAAUCAUCCCAUUUGUGAAUAUGCUGACACGUUUAUAGGUGUCUGUUAGUAUUGUUAACUUACAGUGGCAUUCUUUUCAUAUAUUUUCAGUUUGGUAAAUUCAUCAAGACGUCACUGUGGAUGUUUUAAGUCUGUUUAGCUGAUUGGAGAGCUAGCUUCCGUAGCUACAGUCAGUGCCGGCCCAAGCCUCCAUGGGGCCCUGAGCAAAAUUUGAUUUUGGGGCCCUCUAUUUCUACCAAUAAUAUUGAUUGUUGAUCAUUCACACACCUACUAUAAACUCAUUGCGGCUCUGGCAGUGUUGUUUACAUUAUCCUAUUGUCAGCCUGGCAUGUCUUUACAAAUGACAUGUCAUUUAUAAAGACAUGGGGGUGGCCCAGUUAAGAACAUAAAUAAUACCAAUGAAUGAACGAAUGAUGUCCAGAGUGCCACAUAUGGUUCCUAAUCUUAAAAUGUAGAAAACAUUCAGCUACAAGAGUGGCCUGGGGUUGAACAGUCCAAGUGAUAAAGCUUUGUAUUUACAGUAAAAGUGUCAUCUUGUCUCAUCAGUCUUGUACAUAUUAGUCUUUAAUUAC